ACUGUACACGCUAGCUUUAUAAACUCUGCCAUCUGUAUUCUGGGAUAAAGUGAGCUGACAAACUUGCACACUUCGGAGAAAAAGAAUUCGUUAUUCAGUACUCUUCGGUUUGAAUUCAUUCGAUUGAAAAUGUCUGGGAUUUCGCUUACGGCCGUAAACCAGUAUAUCGAUUCCAACAUGGGCACCUUCAUAGAUGGUUUGGGAACCGCUGUGGCCAUUAAGAGUGUCUCUUCAAGCAAGGACGAUCGUCCCUUCGUUGUUGAGAUGGUCAACUUUGUUGCAUCGAGGAUGCGAGAUUUGAACAUGACAGUUGAAUUGAGAGACCUUGGUGACGAUCCUCUUUAUCCUCCUGAUCCUCCUGAACCAGCAGUCAAACUGCCACCUGUAAUACUCGCUUCACUUGGCAAUGAUCCCAACAAAAAAACUCUAUGCAUAUAUGGUCAUCUUGAUGUUCAACCGGCAGAAAAAUCUGAUGGCUGGGAUACUUGGCCAUUCGAAAUGAAAACUGUUGCUGAUGCUAUGUACGGUCGUGGAACCACUGAUGACAAGGGUCCUGUCUUAGGGUGGUUGAACACCAUUGAGGCCUUUCAGAAUACUAACACAACAAUUCCUCUUAAUCUGAAGUUUGUUUUCGAAGGCAUGGAAGAAAGUGGAAGCGUAGGUUUGGACAAUCUUAUUGAAUCUGAGAAAGAUGGAUUUUUUAAGAGCGUGGACUUCAUCACUAUCUCAGACAAUUAUUGGCUUGGUACAAAGAAACCAUGUCUUACUUAUGGACUAAGGGGUAUCAUAUAUUUUCACGUCACUGUGAAUUGUUCUGACAAAGAUUUACAUUCUGGAUCACACGGGGGACCUGUAUAUGAGGCAAUGUCCGAUCUGAUUGCUUUGUUUUCAACCUUGAUUGACGAAAAAGGAAAUAUCCUCAUUCCAGGCGUGAACGAUUCUGUUGCGGAGUUGACACCCGAAGAAGAAGCUCUUUACGAGGGUUUAGAUUUCGAUAUGGCAACCUAUCAACAAGAGAUUGGUGCCCAUGGUUUGACAACUGACAGUGACAAAACUACAUUAAUGAGAAGAUGGAGAUACCCCUCGUUAUCCAUUCAUGGUUUUGAAGGUGCCUUUUCUGGUCCUGGUGAUAAAACCGUUAUUCCAGGGGAGGUGACCGGAAAGUUCUCAAUACGUCUUGUGCCCGACCAAGAUCCGUCAACGAUUGGAGACUAUGUAAUUGCUCAUCUUGAGAAGGUGCAUUGUGAACGAGGAAGUCCAAAUAUACUUAAUGCGAGGCAUUCUGAAGGUUUUGCUCGUCCUUGGCGCGGUAAUUUUGAUAAUGUUGUUUUUGAAGCUGGGAAAAAGGCAACCAAAGAUGUUUACGGCGAGGAUCCAGACUUCACUCGCGAAGGUGGCAGUAUCCCUGUUGUGUUGACACUGUCUGAUACCACGGGCAAAGAUUGCGUCCUGGUGCCAAUGGGACGAUCCGACGACGGCGCUCAUUCUCAAAAUGAAAAAUUGGAUAUCCCCAAUUUCCAAAAUGGGAUGAAGCUGUUUGCCGCUUACCUGAAGGAGCUGGCGAUUCUGACUAGCCGUCCACGUUGAAGACGACAAUUUCGAGCAUGAGAACUUUUCUAUAUACUUGGCCAGUAGUUUAGAAUAUUAGUAAUAUGUUUCAUCGUUUUUGGUACCAAUAAACAUGUAAUCAACUGUCACAAUAAUAUUUGGUUUCGCAAAUUU